AUGCUGCAGCUUCCACAGGACUACUCACUGGAACAGCAUGGGUUGUUGAAAUAUACCGGGAGACUCAGCACUCCGGCACCAGAGAAAAUUCAGAUUCUGCAAGACCUUCAACACCAACCGGAGAUAUGGAAGGCAAUUUUCCGUCCAUUUGUGCCGUCGAAGGCUUGGUCCCAAGAGCGCAUGUUUCAGUCAUCGACCAUCGAGAAGAUGCAAGAAAGCCGAUUAUCGACCUCACCUACGACACUGAUUCAGUAUGCCCAAGCCAUAGAUAAAUGGCGCGAUGAGCUGAAUGAUGCCAACGCUCUCACCGUCAUGACCCUCGCUUUAGCUUGUUGUGACGAAAGGGAGACAUUUUCCCAAUGGUUCCGAAGUCCACAAGCCCGGUACCAUACUCUUGGGAUCCUGAGUAACCUCAAAGACAAAGCUCAUCUUUCCCCUCGCAGAGCUCUUGCGGACCUUGCAGCCUGCAGCCACGUCCUUCAGGCAUUCAACGUCUUUGAAAUAAAGCCGGCCUCCGCGGCUCCCCAUCUGCCAGAGGAUUUUGGCCCUGAAACUCUGACGCCGUUGGAGGAAGCCGUAGUGACUCUUGCACAACGACACCAAUUGACGUCCUUCUUGGACGCUCUCUUCCCGAUUCAACCCUCUUUGGCAUCGGCUUCUAGACUACGGCAAUGGCAAGCAUUCUGGGAUCUGAAUAUAUUCGGCAACAGCGAGCAGGCCAAGAUGACCAUUGGGCGCAGGAUUCGAUCAUCUUUUCGUUUCUUUGACCGAGCCGGUUGGUGGUCAAAGGGCAAGGCGAAGAGGGGUCAAUGA